AUGUCCACCAUCUCUGAAACUCAGCCCGAACGUAUUUCCGUUGCUCAGUUCUCAGCUCAAGCCAAAGGCGAGAUCUUAGCAUCAGAAUUUGGACAUCCAAGUGUACAAGCCAAUGAACUGGUCGAUGUUACGAACGACAAGGUAGUCAAUGGUGUAGACACUCCAGCCAGUCACAGCACGCAGGAACAAACUUCACGCCCCGAAACUGUUGCUUCCUAUCCCGUUUCAGACCUCAAGCUGGAAGAUCGAUGUAUCGAUGAUUUCCGUCCGCUGCGUGUCGCUGUGAUUGGCGCUGGACUCUCGGGCAUCCUAUCCGGGAUUUUGCUCCCCUUGAAAGUGCCUGAGAUACAGCUGACCAUUUUUGAAAGGAGUAGAGACGUGGGCGGAACCUGGCUUGAGAAUGUUUAUCCUGGAGUGCGAUGUGACAUCCCUUCCCACGUCUACCAGACCACCUUUGACCCUAACUUGAAUUGGUCUGAGCAAUUUGCAGAAGGAGCAGAGAUUCUUGACUACUGGAAGAGCCUGGCUACGAAGUACGACAUUGCCCGCUACCUACGUAUGGGCACCUAUGUCGAGACCGCACAGUGGGAUGAUACGCAUUCUACUUGGGCACUAAGUUUGCAGGAUGUGGACUCGAAGUAUACUUCUGUCGAACGUUUUGACUUUGUAAUAACCGGAAUUGGACGAUUCAAUGAGUGGAAGCUGCCAGACUACCCUGGUAUCAACGACUUCAAGGGCCAUCUCCGACAUACUUCCAACUGGGACCCAACGUAUGAUCCCACCAACAAAAGGGUCGCGGUCAUUGGCAAUGGUGCCAGUGGUAUUCAAUUGGUUCCAGAGCUUCAGAAAACGGCGAAACAUAUUGACCACUAUGCGCGUAACAAGACUUGGAUCGCUGCUGGAUGGGGCGGUCGCGAACGUCAGGUUGGGGCGGAAUACAUCCCCAAGGACCAGAUCGACUCCUUUGGCGAUCCGGACACCUACCUCAAAUUUCGCAAGGACGCAGAAGAUCGAUACUGGAGAGGCGCCAAUGCGAUGAAAGCAGGGACCAAGGAAAAUGCCGACUAUCGGGAGAGGUUCAUCGACAUCAUGUAUCGGCGGCUAGAGAAGAAGCCGGGCUUAGCUGAGAAGAUGAUACCCGACUUCUCACCUCAUUGCAGGAGGUUGACUCCAGGUCCUGGAUACCUAGAAGCGCUGACCGAGAAUAAUCUGGAAUAUAUCCAGACACCGAUCUCCAAGUUUACCGCCACAGGCAUUGAAACGGUGGACGGGGCUCAUCGCGAAGUGGACGCGAUAUUCUGUGCGACAGGUCAUAAUGUUGACUUCGCUCCUCCGUUUUCCAUUCGUGCGCGUGGCGUGGAUCUCAAGACGGCUUGGAAACCUGGCGGAGAGAUUGGAUAUCCCAAGACAUAUCUUGGAAUGGCGAGUGCCGGGUUCCCAAAUCUGUUUUACAUCGGCACGGUACACACCAACGGCAUCGCCGGGACCUUUAUACACAGCAUUGAGAACCAAAUCACCUAUUACGCCAAGGUGCUACGUAAAGUGUCCAGUGAGGGCAUCAAGACCAUCACGCCCUCUGCCAAGGCGGUGGAUGACUUCAUAUCUUAUGCUGAUGCCUACUUUCCCACGACGGUCAUGACUGGUAAUUGCAGCUCCUGGGCAAAUGGCGGACGCCCUGGUGCGCGUAUACACGGUGCUUGGCCUGGAAGUGCCUCACACCUAACCUUUGUCCGUCGCAACCCCCGCUGGGAGGACUUUGAGUAUGAGUAUGUUUCAGGUAGUGGCAACCGAUUUGCCUACUACGGAAACGGUCGGACGGUCAGGGAGGCAGAUCCCAAUUUUGAUAUCACCUCAUAUCUAAAGAGGGACCCAGCUCAGAUUGAUCUCCGCGAUAUUCAUGAGACCUGGCAUAGUUGGCCAUAG